AUGUUUGCUUCAAAGCAUUUCCUAAUUGGCAUAGGCGCCUACUUAGUGUUGACUUAUCCUCACUUUUUGUAUGCCGACUUUACGUACAGGAACGGUGUGGUGGGCGUUUUUCCUGUUGAGGAUGAUCACCGAAUUUUCUUAGAUUUAGAGCCGUACACAGGCACAGUGAUUCGAGGUAUGAAGCGGGCACAGUUCAACGUCUUCCUGCGGCCAGUGACGUCCAUCGAAGCCACGCAAAACUUGCGAUUGACACUCGCCCCAAUCCUAUGGGUUGAAGAGGGUAUGCAUCUCCCAGAAGAUUAUGUAAACCUGUUGAAGGAUCGUCUCCUUCGCAAUUUGCGACUCGUGGACAUUCUCAUCCCAGUCCUCAUGACAGUGUGCGCGCUUGUAGUGGCUUUAGGCGUCGUCAUCCUCAUAAGACUUGGAUAUUUGAGAAAAAAGAACUUAAGCGACUCCACAGAGCGUAUACAUCCUAUG